CAUAGAAUCCCCACCACAACAGCAAAGAAACAAAGAGAGUUAUAUAUCCAACCCUAGCUAGCUCCAUUAUUCAACCAAUAAAAGGGAGACUAAGAAGCCAAAUUUUGAGAGAUAUUAUAGAGAGAUGACUGAAGAAAGUGCUGGAAACACAGUUGCAACCUCCGUCACCCCAUUAAACUGGUGGUAUCUCCAGCCAAAUUCUAUUUCUUCCUGGAACGAUACUAAUACCACAUGGAACAACCAACCUAACCCUAAUUCUUCCUCUUCUUGUGAGGAAGAUAUAUCUGUUUCUACAUCUUUCACUAAUGCUUCCAACCAUUCAACCCUCACUGUUGAGUCCUCUCGCAGACUCAUUGACCCUCCUGCCCCUUCCUCCAACAACGACUUCAUGGGAGAACAUGCUUCGGAUAAUCAACUUUGGACCCAUGUUCUAUCAGGUGUUGGAUCUAACGGCCAAGAAAUUGGAGAGAACUUUCUGGGUGCACUGUCAUCAAAAAGCAUGACAAGCACUAUGUUUCAACCAGUGUGUGACUACUUGAAGAAACUUGAUCAUAGCAGUUGGGAAUAUAGUGGUUCAACUUCAUUAAACAGCUUGGAGAAGCAUUUAAAUGGGUUCAGUGAGGCGAUGAUGGAGAAUAAUGAAAGGUUGACCAAGUUAUCUAAUCUUGUAAGCACUUGCUCUAUUGCCCCGCCAGACCCGGAAGUAAAUAGCCACUUUGAUCCACAAACAAACAACAUGUCCUUGAAUAAUUCUUCCAUGGAUCAUUUCCCACAAUCCGAUCACUUCAAGCAACCUUUUGGAGAAUCUCUUGGAGGAGUAGCAAAUAGAAAUCCUGGAGUGUUCCCAUCUUAUGAUCAUGACAUGAAGAUCAAGCAAGAGUUUCAUGCAAGUGAAGUGCAAGGAUCGUUAAAUGCAAAUGGGUAUCAAAAUGGAUUUAAUGGCUUUUCAGUGGGUGAUAGUUGCAAACUCUACCAUGGGAUGCCCAAUCUUCCUCCAUGCACAAGAAAUUUCUCAGAUGUUAUAUCCUUUAAUAGUCGAUUUGGAAGGCCAGUUAUUGGAAUCCAUGCUCAGAAGCCUGGCAUGAAGUACCUGAACGUAUCUGAACCAAAGAAGCAGGGUCUUCAAGCACCAUCACCGAUAAGAAGUAAUAUUAAUGGAAAAGGGGAGGGUACAACACGUGAAGUAAAGAAGAAAAGAUCGGAAGAAUCUUCAGAUGCAAUGUUAAAAAAGCCUAAGCAAGAUACAUCAACAGCUUCUUCUUCAAAGGUGCAGGCACCCAAAGUCAAGCUAGGGGACAAAAUCACAGCCCUUCAGCAAAUUGUGUCUCCAUUUGGAAAGACAGAUACUGCAUCUGUGCUGUUUGAAGCAAUAGGCUACAUAAAGUUUCUUCAAGAACAAGUCCAGCUACUGAGCAACCCUUACUUGAAGGCUAACUGUCACAAGGAUCCAUGGGGAAGCUUGGAUAGAAAAGAUAAGGACGAUACAAAGGUAGAUCUUCGGAGCAGAGGUCUUUGUUUAGUUCCUACUUCAUGUACUCCUCUAGUUUACAGAGAGAGCAGUGGACCAGAUUACUGGACACCAGCAUACAGAGGAUGUUUGUAUAGGUGAAAAAUGUGUCAUAUAUAAGACAUAGUAUAUGAAUCUAGUACGUACGUUUGGAAAAUCAUAAAUUAUAAGGUCCAGUGAAUAAAGUAUAUAUAUGGUUAAACGUAACUCUUUUUUUUUUCUUUAUUGUUGUAAUGCAUGAGUUAUAUGAUUAAACAGAUUUUGGAUAA